AUGAGAGGAUCAAUCAGGAAUAGCGCAUUUGUCACCAUAUCAAAUCUUCUUCAUUCAGAUUGUUUAUUAAGAAUAUUUGAAUACCUUGAGGAGGACUACGCGACGUUGCGCUCGUGUACUUUGGUUGAUAGAUUUUGGUGUCAAACAGCCAUUCCAAUGUUAUGGAGUAAUACAUUAAAGAUACGAAAAAAAUUUAAUAACUAUGAAUCAUUUGAAGGAUAUUUGAUAAUCAAUAUAUAUUUGUCAACGUUACCCCCCGACAUAAAACAAUCUUUCAUGGAUAAGGGGAUAAAUUUAUCAACGACAACAAAACGGAAUCCGACCUUUAAUUAUGCGACCUUUCUAAGGGUCAUCGAUAUGAGAUGUUUAUUCGUUUUCGUCAGAGCUUGGAUUCAGCAGAUGACCAUAACAAAGCAACAAAACCAUUAUAAUUCAAAACAAUUUCAAUUUAUUUUACAACAAUUAUUAAAUCAUUUUUUUAGAAAUUCACGUUGCAUACAUAUCCUUAGAAUAAAUAAUUCGGAUACUGCAGAGUUGAUCAGAAAUUCCAUAGAGCAAAUUCCGGAACCAAAAACGUGUUUGGCAAAUUUAAAAGAACUCGUGUCAUAUUGGGAUGAACAUCAAGUCAUGGAUAUCAUAUUUUAUGAACUUGGAAAAGUCGCUCGAUUUAUAGAAAAAUUAGAUCUAACAUUAUUUCACAUUACGGUAGAAUUGUCAUCAUUAAUAAGAGCACAGAGAAAUUUGAGGCAAUUAACCCUUUGUAAUAAGAUAAACUCUUCCGUUCAUUUUGAUCCUUGGGUUGAAGGGGCUAUCGGUUCGGCUUUAAUGGAAAAAUCCCAUUCAAUAACUCAUUUGGAAUUAGAUAAAAAGGAAUUCCCUUUGGAAUCUUUAAGUAAUUUUAAUAAUUUAGUUGAAUUAAGUUUAAAAUAUUGUGGUCAUGAGAAUUUUCAACAAAGUGAUUGGUUACCUUUAACAAAGGUUUCUUUAAAAAACCUGGAAAAACUUUACUUUGAAAGCAAGUUUCCAAUUUAUUUGGAAAUUUUCGUGAACUUUAUAAAAAAUUCCGGGAAUAAUUUACGUCACAUCACAAUUCAUGGUUGUCAAAUAUUUGAUCCCGAGAAAUCAGAUUUAUUAUUGACUUCCAUAGCUGAAAAUUGUCCUUUAUUAAAAUAUUUUGAUGGUCCAGUACAAUCCGAAAAUGUUGAGGAAUUGGGUAAAUUAUUCGAAUCCUGUUUACAAUUAUCCGAAUUAUAUUUACAUCCUUCUACCACGAGGUGUUUUUCACCUGUUCCUAGAAUGAACUUUGAUUUAUUAUUUAAUGAGAUUACCAUUAAAUCGGCGAAUGAAUUAGAAAGGUUGGCGAUAAUACAUGGUUGGAAAAUUACUUCAACCUCUUUAGAAUAUUUCUUUGAGAAUCGCAGGAAAAAAUCUUACAAACCUAUCAGUUUUUAUUGGGAAAGUUCAUGUACGGUAUUUAAAGGUAUUAAUAAUAUUUGUCAAAAAUAUGAAAACCUUGGUGUCCUUCAAGAUUUCAAACAAAUUCACUGUCAAAAACAUUAUUAA